UUGAUUUGAUUUGAUUUGAUUUGUCUGCACUUGAGGUGCCAGUAUGGAGAGGAUGUGUUUUAACCAUGACAGGGUUCGCGGCAGAUGAAAUCACACACUGUGUCAGACCUGAGGAUACUGAGGCCCGUCGUGCUGUUCUAAUCCUCCGCCAUGUUCCCGAGGACGCGCCUCGGAUGACCAUUGAUGAAUUGGCGGAGGUUCGGCGUACAGAAGAGUUGAAAAAGACACGACCAGGUCCUGGAUCUGCCUGGAGAGGAAGAUCUAAAUCUCCUCCAAGAUGGAAGCACGCCCCUCCACGAUCCUUGAGACGGAGAAUUUCUAGGUCUAGAUCCACGGAUAGAAAUCAAGCAGGAGGGGUUGUCAGGAGAAGGAGAUCUUCUUCUAGAGGAAGAAAUAUGGACCCAGACGUCAGGAAGAAAUCCCGAUCGCCUGAUGCUUCCAGGUCUCAAAGGAAGGCCGAUGAGGAGAAAAGAAUCUCGAGGGAUAAAGAAGGAAAAGGUGAGAAGAGAAGAAAGGAUUCCAGCUCCAGUCCAGAGAGUAAGAAACACCGAAGAUUAGUUCAAAUCUCAGGUUCCCUGAAGAGAAAGUCUACAAACCCGGAGAAAACGGGAUUAGAAGAGAAACUUAAACAGAUGAUUUCACAAUCAGCUCCAAAGAGUCGAUCCAGAGAAAAGCUGAGAGAUAAGAAGGAUAAACUAGAAGAGGGAGAACUGUCUUCAGGUUCAAGUUCAAGUUCCGACUCCUCUCCAGAGAGAACCUCCCAAACCCGCCGAGGGAAGAAAAAAUCAUCCUCCAUGAAAAAGGUUCUGGACUCCGACUCCGAAUUGGAUCUAGAGAAGGAGAUUGAACAUUUGGAGCGGAGAAGUAAAGACUCAUUACGCAGUGAAGUGGGAGAUCUAAGAAAAGAACUGAAUGAUCUGAAAGAUCUGGUUCGAAAUAUGUCCAAGGAUAAGGAGUAUGGUUCGAAAACUAUAAAUGCAUUGGACAUUAUCGCGCGAGAGGUGAGGACGAAAAUAAUGAAGAAUGAAGAGACAACCACAGAAACAAUUUUGAAACUCAAGGUUGAGAGAAAGAAGAAAAUGAUCAGAGCAAAGUUGGAGAAACUGAAGGAAGAUGGAGGCAUUCGGGGAAAGGAGACUAAAUCUGGGAAGAAUGAACGAAGAGAACAAAAUGAGUCAAUGACAGAGAAGAAUGAUCAGUCUAGGUCAGAGAAAAGGAACAAAUCCAGGUCGGAGAAAAAGGAAAAAUCAAGAAUGGAGAGUAAGGAUGAAUCACGGACGCCGAAGAAGAAUGAUUCAAGGUCGGAGAAAAGGGAUGAAUCAAGGACAGAGAAAAGGGAUGAAUCUAGGUCAGAGAAAAGGGAUGAAUCAAAGUCAGAGAAGAAGGAUGAAUCAAAAUCAGAGAAAAGGGAUGAAUCAAAGUCAGAAAAGAAGGAUAAGAAUGAAAAUCCAUCCGAUUUUAAGAAACAGAAGAGAACAAAGGAGUAUAGAAAGGUAGAAGAGGAAAGCGGAUCCGAAGAUGAGGUAGAGAGUAAACUCCUUGCAGCAAUAAAAAAGAGGAUUGAUUCCAAGAAAGGAGACAAACGUCGCGGAGAAAAGAAUUCUCCGUCACCGAAACCUAGAUCAAAAAGAGAACGGAGCAAAGACGAGAUCAUGAACAAAAUCAGAAACAGGAGUUUAAGCAAAACCAGGAAACGGAGCAGGAGCCGGAGCCGGAACAGAAACCGGAGCAGGAGCAAGAGCAUGAAAAGAAACAGGAAUAGAAGUAGAAGUACCAAUAAAAACAAAAGCAGAAGCGCAGCAAGCAAGGAGAAUGAGAGACGGAAGGACAGAAGUCCGACUGGGAAGAAGGAGCGAAGCAGGUCGAAGGAGGAGAAAAGGAAUGGCAAAGAAACUGAAAAGAAGAGAAGUUCUUUAGCUGAUCUAAUCCGCAGGAAAGUCGAGAAAUAAAUCCACAAAAUACACAAAAAUUGAAUUUUUAGAAUAGUCGAGAAAGAAAACCCUUUUGGUUUAGCCACAAUAAUGCCGUUUAGUCUUGUUUAACAAGAGCUUAUGUGCGUGUUUUAUGUAAUUUUUGACACUGUCCCAAACGCACUGAAAAUUAAAGAUUAGCAUUUUUAUCGAAAUAUUUUGUUUUAGUUUUGUUUAAAAUAUUUGAUUUUUUUAAACCUUUGCAUAUAUUUGUCAUGCACUGUAUACUUAAAUACACAUGAUUAUUGAAUAAACCAUUUUUCUUAAUUUCAGA